AUGUGAAUGAAUAAUAUUAGUGCAUGAAGAGCUAGAAAGAAACACUCAUCGUAUACUAUAUCUAAUCUAUUAGACGCGCGUCACACAAAAACAAUAAACAUGGGUGGUGCCGCUGGUCUAUGGAUGGGUUUCAAUUUUAUUAGUCUGUUGUUUGUUCCUGCGUCAUCAGCUCUGUUCCAACGCCUAGAGCACCCUGUCAAAGCUGAUGGUUCACUUAGCUUAGUGGUCAUUGGAGAUUGGGGAAGGAAAGGAGCAUACAACCAAUCUCAAGUUGCUAAUCAGAUGGCAAGAGUUGCUGAAAAGUUAGAUAUUGACUUUGUGAUAUCUACCGGAGACAAUUUCUAUGACGAUGGAUUAACCGGUAUACACGACCCUGCAUUUGAAUCUUCCUUCUCACAAAUCUACACUUCCAAGAGCCUCCAAAAACAAUGGUAUAACGUCUUGGGCAAUCAUGACUACAGAGGAGAUGUUGAAGCACAAUUAAAUCCUAUCCUUCAUAAUAUUGAUCAUAGAUGGUUUUGCCAAAGAUCAUUUAUUGUUGAUACUGAAAUUGCUGAGUUCUUCUUCGUUGAUACAACACCUUUUGUGGACAAAUAUUUUUUUAAGCCAAAGGAUCACAAGUAUGAUUGGAGAGGAGUACUUCCAAGGGACAAAUAUUUAUCAAAUCUCUUAAGGGAUCUGGAAAUAGCACUGAAGGUUUCUACUGCCAAGUGGAAGAUUGUUGUUGGACAUCACCCUAUAAGAAGCAUAGGACACCACGGUGACACCAAAGAACUCAUAAGACAGCUCCUGCCAAUCCUUGAGGAAAACAAUGUUGAUAUGUACAUUAAUGGGCACGACCAUUGCUUGGAACAUAUAACUAGCACCAAUAGCCAAAUCCUGUUCUUAACCAGUGGUGGAGGUUCGAAGGCAUGGAAAGGAGACAUUCAGAAUAAGACAAAUGGGGUCAAGUUUUACUAUGACGGACAAGGAUUCAUGUCUCUGGAGCUUCAACAAAUCAAUGCCAAAGUUGUUUAUUAUGAUAUUUUUGGCAAAGUUUUGCAUCUUCAGAAUCUAUCCAAGGGGUUCUAUCCUGUCAUGGUCGCCUAGUAAUUUUUACUGCUAAAUAUUUAGUAUAUAAUAUUAUAAUUAUCUAAAUCCGCGUAGUUAUUUGUAAUAGUCUUUCUUUAUUUCCUGCUUUAGUUGAUUAUUAUCUUUAUUAAGUUUCGUGUAUUCUUAGGAUUAUAAACGCGUGUAGCCUUCUUGUAUUGUCUAAACAUAAAUAAUAAUAUUGCUGAAUAAUCUUAA